UUUAUACUUUUCACCUUCUCUCCCCUUUAUAGGUGGCCUUCUUAUCUCCUCAGCGCACUUUGGAGCAUAUGUGUGUGGUACUGAUAUAGAUUACAACACAAUCCAUGGAUUAGGCAAGGCGAGCAGAAAGAACCAGAAAUGGAGAGGGCCAGAUGAAAAUAUCAGAGCUAAUCUCCGACAGUAUGGUUUAGAGAAAUACUACCUUGACGCACUGGUUUCUGAUUCUUCAAGACCAAUAUGGCGAAAAGGGAUGCUGUUUGAUGCAAUCAUUACGGAUCCACCAUACGGUAUCAGAGAAGCUACUCGCAGAAUGGGUUCGCAAAAGGAAACGGUUAAGUCAGCUGAAAGAAGCACAGAAAAUCACAUCUUCGUUUCAUCAAAUUAUCAUCUAAGUGACAUCUUUUUUGACCUAUUGAAGUUUGCAGCAGAGUAUCUGGUGAUGGGAGGAAGAUUAGUUUACUGGCUGCCGAUAUACAGGCCUGAAUAUACAGAAGAGAUUAUUCCCCGCCACCCGUGCCUGAAACUUAUUAGCAACUGUGAGCAGAUGCUUUCCAGCCACACAUCAAGGCGCCUGAUAACCAUGGAAAAGGUGAAAGAAUUCAAGGAUCAAGAUCAGAAUUCUUACUUGUUGGAUGGUCAAUAUAUGCCAUACAGGGGACACAAUUCAUUCCGUGAGAAGUAUUUCAGUGGUGUGACAAAGAGGAUUGCCAAGGAAGAAAAAGACAAUCAGAAGUAAAAUAUAAUAUAAACAGAUUAAAAAAAUGAGGAAAGAAUGAAGAUCGUGUUUCUUUGUAAGGACAUCUGGAUAUGAACAUUCAUUUGGAUGCUUCAGAAAAAUAAAUACUGCUUUUAAUUUUAAAACAAGAUGAAACCCACAA